GCUGGAGUAUAUUAGUACUCCUCCUACCACUGUAGAACGCAAUUUCCCUGCCAAGUGGAGGCGCACAGCACAAAUCUGUAGAGCAUUCUUGUUCCUUCCACAUCCUUGUCCCCGUCUCCGCGCAUAUCACCAACAGGGCCGCCGCCGAAAGGCAGCACCAUUUCCCACAUCCGUCCAUACCGAUGCCCCCGUCGCCGCUACAGGGAAUCGCGAUCCGUUGACAUCCAAGCUUCACCCUUUUUUGCGUGCCGCUCUGAGAAAUCCGUCCUAGGUUGGCGGGAUCGCUCGGGGCCGCGGUUUCUUGGCGGGGUUGGGUGGGAAUUUGGGCUGGAUUUGGCUGCCGGGGGCGGGCGGGGAAGGCGAUGUCUUUCAGGAGCAUGAUCCGGGAGAUGAAGGGCGAGGUGGACGCCAUCGCCCGGCGCCGGUCGCUGCCGUCGGCGCGCGUCCGGCGGGUGGCGGCGGUCACCGCGGUGGCGCCGUCGGAGGAGGCCGCGCGGCAGGGCUGCUGCUGGGCGGAGCUGCCGCCGGAGCUCCUGCUGGAGGUGCUGGCGCGGGUCGAGGCGUCGGAGCCACGGUGGCCGCGCCGCCGCGACGUCGUGGCGUGCGCCGGCGUCUGCCGGACCUGGAGGGGCGUCGUCAGGGAGAUCGUCCGUGUACUCGAGGUGUCCGGGAGGCUCACCUUCCCCAUCUCUCUCAAGCAGCCUGGACCAAGAGAUGCUCCUAUCAAAUGUUUCAUUCGGAGGCACCGGGCUACUCAGACUUAUUUCCUCUACAUUGGACUGACUGAUGCACUAGCUGAUGCUGGGAAGUUCCUACUUGCUGCACGCAAAUACCAUAGGCCUACAUGUACCGAAUAUCUGAUUUCGCUUGACAAGAGUGACAUGUCAAAGGGGAGUCAAACCUGCGUUGGCAAGUUAAGAUCAAAUUUCUUGAGAACAAAGUUUACUGUCUAUGAUGCGCAUCCACCUCAUGCUGGACCUGAGGUUUCAAAGAGAUGGCCUGCUGGCGACUAUCCAGUUAUACAGAUUAAUUAUGAAGUGAAUGUUUUGGGAUCUAGGGGCCCAAGAAGGAUGAACUGUAUCAUGGAUUCUAUCCCUGUAUCAGCAAUUGAACAAGGAGGAACAGCUCCAACACAGACCGUGUUUCCUUUCUUCAAUCCCAAAUCAUCUCGAAUUGAUAGCUCAAUUAUCCCAUUAUCCAGUCAAGUGGAAAGUAAGCUGGUGCUUAAGAACAAGUCCCCCAGGUGGCACGAACAUCUAAGGUGCUGGUGCCUCAACUUCCAUGGACGGGUGACGGUUGCAUCAGUGAAAAACUUUCAGCUGGUGGCUUCAGAUGAGAGUGCUCCAGCUAACGAAGAGAAUGAUGAUACCACCCUCCAGUUUGGUAAGAUUGGGAAGGACUUGUUCACACUCGACUACCGUUACCCGGUAUCGGCGUUCCAGGCAUUUGCGAUCUGCCUCAGCAGCUUCGACACCAAAUUAGCACGCGAAUAAAGAGGUGCCCAACAACCAAUAGAAUGUAGAAGGCAGUUGCUAUCAUAAUCCAGAAUUUGAUGCUCGAUAUAAGAAGCUGGAGGAGGACAGGUAGUUGUAGAGCCUGAUAUCCUGUUAAAUGAUAUCAUAAUGUAAAUAUUAGUCUAACUGAGUGUGGUUAUAUUUGUUCGUGAUAAAGUCACCUUCUUUACUCCAGUUGUAUGUGUGUUGGAAAUACCCAGGUAGAAGCAUGAUUUUCUACCUGGUUCGUCGCAGACGAAGAAAACAUGUUAUGUUUGUGUUUUGUGUUUGUGGUUACCCGGUGCCUCAUUGAAUUGUUGAGUGAAGAAAUAUUUCCAACGUUUUAUGGCUUUC